UUGCUGAUCCGUGUUUUCCGUCCUUUCCUACUGCUACCUCCACUUCCUUCCUUCUUACCUACCACCUAAUCCUCUCAACCCCCAAUAAAAACACUUCCUUGCCUCAGGGCCCGCCAUUAUAAGAAAAUGCUCGGGCUUUCGUAUUGGAUCGUACCCAUCUUCUCCUCGGUAGUAUGGACUGGCAUGCUCAUCGCCAUGAUGGUGUAUUGGGCCUCCACUGGCAAACCCAUAUACUCAACCAUGAGCGAAGGACAGCACAUCCCAUACAUCUCUGAUAUUGGUGCCGACAAGCUCAAGCCCAUGUUCAUUGCAAUGUCUGCCGUCACGGUAGUAACAUUCGACUGCGCCUUCAUUUUCGAGCGAUGGCUGCGACACACCAACAAACUACGCCCAAACACGUCCAACUGGCAAAAGCUAUACUCCGUAUGCGCCACCGUUACCGCUGUCAUCGGUGCCGCCGGUCUCAUCCUCCUCACCAUUUUCGAUUGCAAGCGACACAAUACCUUGCACAAUAUUUUCCUUGUUGUCUUCAUUGCAAGUUACAUCAUCAGUGCCAUCUUCAUCUGUUGGGAAUACCAACGCCUGGGUGUUCAUUACCGUGAGGAAUCCAUUCUGCGCAUCUCCUUCUGGAUCAAGCUAUUCUUCAUCAUCUUCGAACUUUGUCUCGUCAUUGCAUUCGGCGUCUGCUCCAAGCAAGACAAGUGGAACGUUGCUGCUGUCCUGGAAUGGAUCAUUGCAUAUACCUAUUGCUUCUACGUCGCUAGCUUCUUCAUCGAUUUCCUGCCCGCCAGGCGCACAAAGCACCACCAGUCCAAGGAAACCGAGGUGCAGAUGUUGGAGGAAGGCGGCCAGGCGCAUUCAACCACCGACAACGCUCGCAUGGGUGCGCCCUACCCUACUCCUCUCCCCUCGAGGAACUUUUAGACCACCACGUCAUCUUUUUCUUUUCUUUUGUCCAAGACUCUCUUGUUCUUGUGAUUGCAUGAUUAGAUGAGUAAAUAUACCACUAGC